AUGGCUCCCAGAAAAGGAAAGGCUCCCAAAGAGGAGGCGCAAAUCACCCUUGGCCCUCAGGUCACUGAAGGAGAAGACGUGUUCGGCGUAGCACAUAUUUUUGCAUCUUUUAACGAUACAUUCGUUCAUGUGACAGAUCUCUCUGGAAAGUAAGUUCUGUUCUAUGAAGUAGCUGUUUGCUAAAAUGCUGGGUUAGGUUAGCUAUGUGGCAGUUAAAAUUUCCAUGAUGAUUACAGUAAACACGAAGCUCUAGGAAGAUGUUCUGUGACUGGUUGAUUAUGACAAUGACAAAAGACGUAAUUGGCUUACAUAAACAAAAGGAAUAUUGUUCUUGCUUCAUUCUUUAUAGCUUAUUCUUUUGUCAUAAUGAACCAAUCACAGAACAUCUUCCUAGAGCUUUGUGCCGACCCGAUGAUUACCACCACCACCAUUGUAAGCACCAUCAUCAUAGUCACCUCCAUCAUCACUAUCACCAUCACCAUCAUCAUUACCACCAUCAUCAUUACCACCAUCAUCAUUACCACCAUCAUCACCACCAUCAUCAUUACCACCAUCAUCAUUACCACCAUCAUCACCACCAUCAUCAUUACCACCAUUAUCAUUACCACCAUAUCACCAUCAUCAUCAUUACCACCAUCAUCACCACCCCCAUCAUCACCACCAUCAUCAUCACCACCAUCAUCAUCACCACCAUCAUCACCACCAUCAUCAUCACCACCAUCAUCAUCACCACCAUCAUCACCAACAUUAACAUCAAACUAAUCUACCUAUGUUAUAUUUGAUAGAGAAACAAUUGUUCGAGUUACUGGAGGCAUGAAGGUCAAAGCUGAUCGUGAUGAGGUAUACAUAACUUUAUAAAUCUUGAACAAUUUAUAUAAUGAAUAAAAGAGCCUGAAAUAAUGUUAAAAGUUUGUCCUGAAAAAUGUCCAACCAAAUUGAAAUUUGAUCGGAAACUUUCAACUUUGGUCGCGGACAUUUUUCAACUCCACUGGGCAAAUUAAGCAAAUUUGUAAAUAAUAUGUUAUGCCAAACACCAGCCAGUAUAGUUAAACUUUUACAGUUAAUGUUCUUUGUGGGAUGAUUGCAUGCAUCUUAUGGUUAACCCAGUCUUUCAAGAAGGUUGAUUGCUAUUUUUUGUUUGGACAAAAUCUCCGAUCAAUUUAGCAUUUGGUUGGAAAAACCGUGAUUUAGUCAGAAAAUGUCCGAUGCUAGAGAGAAUUGAUAGCAGUGUAUAGCUGCAAAGAUUCACCAAUAUUAAAAUAUGUGUGCAUUUUCUUUGUGUUGUAGGCAUCACCUUAUGCCGCUAUGUUGGCAGCUCAGGAUGUGGCUCAAAGAUGUAAAGACAUUGGUAUCACUGCUUUACAUAUCAAACUGAGGGCUACCGGAGGAAAUAGGUAAUGGUUUGUGGUGAUUAAUUCAUAGACUUUUCAGUGGUGGCGUGAAAGACAAAAUUUCGGAUUGAUAGGGAUGCUAAAAAAAAAAUAAACUACCUGAAAAAUAAAAGGAGGACUUCAACUUUUUGAGCAAAGGCUAGCUUUGAUCAGAAAAAUUACAUGAGCUAUUAUAAUAGUGAAUAUAAAAGCAAAAAUACAUAUUUUACUCCUAAAAUAUUUUGCUCCUGAAAUAUUUUGCUCCUGAAAUUAAGAAUAAACAAUGUUUUUUUAAUUCUGUAAUAUUUUUUUUCAUUUAUAUGUAGAACAAAGACCCCAGGACCUGGUGCUCAGUCGGCACUCCGAGCUCUGGCUCGAUCCGGAAUGAAAAUUGGAAGAAUCGAGGAUGUCACUCCAAUCCCAUCAGACAGUACAAGACGCAAGGGUGGUCGACGUGGAAGACGUUUGUAA